CAUCCAGAUACUUAGUAUUUCUUUUAUCUAUACAUAUAGAACUCCAUACAUCAUAAAAACAGAUGUAUCAAAUGGAAAAUUAAGCAUUUGAAUCGAUAUCUGGUUAAAAAAAAAAAUAGAUAAAAUAAGAUGCAAGCAUUCAAUAUUCAUACUUUGCAUGCAUCAGAACGUUAUCUGACACCUAAAAGCUACAGUGGAUCUCAACAAAUGAUGAAGGACGAUGCCAAAAAAUAAAAGAGCCAAGAUUUUAAAGCGAAAGAGAAAAAAAUUAUUACGAAAGGAAGUUCAAAGAGAAAAAGUGACGUCUGGAGUACAACAACACAUUCCCACACAGACAGACAUGAACAAAAAUACACACUAACAUACACUUGGCCGCAAAUGAGGUUGAUCAAGCCACAGAGGUCAACGUGUAUCAGGGGGUGGGGGUGGUGGGGGCAGACGGAGAGGGCAGAGACACGUACAUACACACAGGGCUGAGCUGAGCCUGGGAAAGUCAGGCCAGUACCAAAUAAGCAACUGACUCGUGGAGCCAGAGCCCCUUACAGCUCACUGGGGAUGUGUGACAGAGACUGGGACAGAGAUGUACAGUCCAGAGUCAGACAGCGGGAAUACAGAGAAAGAGGUGGUGUGUGUUGAAGGGGAGACGUAGAGGGAAGUCCGUCAAAAAAAGAAACAAAAAAAACAACACGUAGUUCUCGUCAGCUGCCAGGAAACGCAGGUCGGAAAAAAACACGUUUGUGAAUGAAUGAAAAAAAUGUUGAACUAAAGCGUCGGCGCUUUGAUGAGUGACCACUGACCAAAAAGAGAAGCAGAGCGAAUCAAAAACAAUCAAGUGCUUUGCCGUCUUGACUCCUGGCUGUUGAAACUCUACUUCAGCGAGAUAGAGGAAAAAGGGAGAGUAAAACAGAGAGAGAGAGAGUGUGGGGGGGGGGGCGGGAUGAGGACUCUAACCAGUAGCACUGACAAGAAAACCGGCCGUGGCCACAAGGUUAAAGUUUCACAGAAGAUGUUUGAGAGAAAAGAGAGGGAACUUCAGUCUGGACACUGAACGAGAGCGGGAGAGGGACGUUUUAAACGCAUGCCUCAGGCAAACGGACCAAGUCGACUCGACUGGAAACUCUGAACGUCCACAUGGGAAGAUAAUUUCACAAGAGCCUCCGUGACGACGCUCGGCCAAAGAGUGAACGCCGUGGCAUAGUUGUGGUAACUCUCUAUCAGGACAAUACUUUGUUUGGACUUUGCUAUUGCUUUGUGAAAAUACAGUGCACAACUAGGACAACUCAAAGAACGCCGUCUUUGUUUAGCUUCCGAACUGUUAUGAAUGCCAAAAUAAUAUCUUUAAGAAGGAGCGCUAUUGUCCGAGAUGGAUUAGAUGUGCUUUUAUGGGAGUAUUUAUCACUUUAGUGAAGAGACCUCUCUGAGUCAGUCAUGAGGAACAAUGCGGAUAUUUUUUUAGCCUGGAUUUAGUUUCUGGAAGUUCAAUCGGUGCUCUUACAGUAAAGCCAACCCAUGCUUGGAUUUAUUGUUGGAUGAGAAAAACCAGAAGGCUUUUUUUUAUACUAGGUAUGUUCCCACUGGCAUAUUGCUGCUGAACCCUGGCUCUAAAGAGGCACUGGCACAACUGGACCUGACUGAAGAACACAGUGCCGCCGGCGCAUCGCUUAAUCCUGAAGAAGAAGAAGAAGCAUCAUAUAGGGGAGGAGAGGAGGUGUUGCAUCACCGUUGUCGCCUCGUUGUCAUUGCAAUUUUUACCACAUAACUCGAUAAAUUGCAGAGACUCUUCUGAGGAACCAUGCUGAGAGGCCUAUUUCAGAGGAAACCUAAACACGAGAGGCUGGAGGAGGAACCUGACAUCAGGUUUAAAGGCUUGCUGGUGUCAGAGAGAGAGCUGGGAUAUACAUAUGUUCGACCUGGAGGCUCCGACUACUCUCCCCCUCCGCCUCUCCCCCGCCCUCCUCCCCCCGGCUUGACCAACGAGCACAGCGGCGGCAGCCAUGGCGACCGCGGCGGCGGAGGAGGAGGAGGAGGGGGCGGGGUCAACCACGGGGUGGGCGUGGUCGGCCUGGCCCCGGAGCACAUCCCCACGCCGGGGGCGGCCCUGAGCUGGCAGGCGGCCAUCGACGCCGCGCGGCAGGCGAAGCUGAUGGGCAACGCCGCGUCGGGCGGAGGGGCGGGGCUCGGGUCGGGAGGGGGCGGGCCCAUCUCUACGGCCAGCUCCACGCAAAGGAAGAGGCAACACUAUAGCUCGAAACCCAAGAAACAGACCACGACGACAGCCACGAGGCCGCCACGGGCCCUGCUCUGUCUCACGCUCAAGAACCCCAUCCGCAGGGCCUGCAUCAGCAUCGUGGAGUGGAAACCGUUUGAGAUCAUCAUCUUGAUGACCAUUUUCGCCAACUGUGUGGCCUUAGCCGUCUACAUCCCCUUCCCCGAGGAUGACUCGAAUGCCACCAACUCCAACCUGGAGCGCGUGGAGUAUCUGUUCCUCAUCAUUUUCACGGUGGAAGCGUUCCUGAAGGUAAUAGCCUACGGCCUGCUCUUCCACCCCAACGCCUACCUGAGGAACGGCUGGAAUCUGCUCGACUUCAUCAUCGUGGUCGUGGGGUUAUUCAGUGCGAUCUUGGAGCAGGCCACGAAGGUGGAGGGGGGCACUCCUAUUGGAGGGAAGGCGGCGGGCUUCGACGUGAAGGCUCUGAGAGCGUUCAGAGUACUCAGACCCCUAAGACUGGUCUCUGGAGUACCGAGUUUACAGGUGGUGUUGAACUCCAUAAUCAAAGCCAUGGUUCCUCUGCUCCACAUCGCCCUGCUGGUCCUCUUCGUCAUCAUCAUCUACGCAAUCAUCGGCCUGGAACUCUUCAUGGGCAAGAUGCACAAGACCUGCGUUCACAACCAAACAGCAACUAUGACUCAUGAACAUGAAUAUCUUUGCACCAAAGCGGAGGAAAAGCCGGCGCCCUGCGCACCCGACGGGGCUUACGGCCGGCACUGCACGCAGAACGGAACUCAGUGCAAAGUGGGAUGGGAGGGCCCGAACGAAGGCAUCACCAACUUUGACAACUUCGCCUUUGCCAUGUUAACGGUGUUCCAGUGCAUAACCAUGGAGGGCUGGACGGACGUGCUGUACUGGAUGCAGGAUGCUAUGGGCUAUGAGCUGCCGUGGGUCUAUUUUGUCUCUCUCGUGAUCUUCGGCUCUUUUUUCGUUCUCAACCUCGUUCUGGGUGUGUUGAGCGGAGAGUUUUCCAAGGAGAGAGAGAAGGCCAAGGCACGUGGUGACUUCCAGAAACUCAGAGAAAAGCAGCAACUGGAGGAAGACCUCAAGGGCUAUUUAGACUGGAUCACUCAGGCUGAAGACAUUGACCCAGAGAACGAAGAGGAGGGCAUGGACGAUGACAAACCCAGAAACCGAGUGUCUCCAGCUCACCUGGGUAAGAAGACCAGUAAGCUUGCCUGGUUCAGUCACUCUACUGACUCUCAGGACGUGAGCAUGCCAGCCAGCGAGAACGAAUCAGUCAACACAGACAACGCUCCCGGGGGAGACGUGGAGGGGGAGACUUGCUGCACCCGGCUAGCAAUUAGGAUCUCCAAAUCCAAGUUCAGUCGCUACUCCCGGAGGUGGAACAGGCUGUGCAGGAGGAAGUGCCGGGCAGCGGUCAAAUCGCAGGUUUUCUAUUGGCUGGUCAUCUUCCUGGUUUUCCUCAACACACUGACCAUCGCCUCUGAACAUCACCAGCAGCCUCAGUGGCUAACCGACGUACAAGACAUAGCCAAUAAGGUUUUACUCGCACUCUUCACGGGUGAGAUGCUGCUGAAGAUGUACAGUCUGGGCCUACAGGCGUACUUCGUUUCACUCUUCAACCGCUUCGACAGCUUCGUCGUGUGCGGAGGAAUCCUUGAGACCAUUUUGGUGGAAACAAAGAUCAUGUCUCCGCUCGGCAUCUCUGUGUUACGUUGCGUACGCUUGCUCAGAAUCUUCAAGAUAACCAGGUACUGGAACUCACUGUCCAACCUGGUGGCGUCCCUGCUGAACUCUGUCCGCUCCAUCGCUUCCCUGUUGCUCCUGCUCUUCCUCUUCAUCAUCAUCUUCUCCCUGCUGGGCAUGCAGCUCUUCGGGGGAAAAUUCAACUUUGACGAGACCCGCCGCAGCACUUUUGACAACUUUCCCCAGUCUUUGCUCACUGUGUUUCAGAUCCUAACAGGAGAGGACUGGAAUUCUGUGAUGUAUGAUGGUAUCAUGGCAUACGGUGGUCCAUCUUUUCCUGGCAUGCUGGUCUGCAUCUACUUCAUCAUCCUCUUCAUCUGCGGAAACUAUAUCCUGCUGAAUGUCUUCUUGGCCAUCGCUGUCGACAAUCUGGCGGACGCUGAGAGCCUGACAUCUGCUCAGAAAGAAGAGGAGGAGGAGAAGGAGAGGAAGAAACUGGCCAGGCUCUCCAGUCCAGAGAAGCGGCAUGAAAACGAGAAGCCGCCUCUGGAGGAAGAGAAAAAGGAGAAGAUAGAGCUGAAGUCCAUUACGUCUGAUGGAGAGACCAACACUGCUACUAAGAUCAACAUGGACGACUGCUGUGGAGAUGAGACUGAAGAGAAGAACCCGUAUCCUGCAAACGAUUACAUAGGAGACGACGACGAAGAAGAGCCAGAAAUGCCGGUCGGCCCGAGGCCACGGCCGCUCUCCGACAUCCAGCUGAAGGAGAAGGCCGUCCCCAUGCCCGAGGCCCGCGCUUUCUUCAUCUUCAGCCACACCAACAAAUUCAGGGUCCUGUGCCACAAGAUCGUCAACCACAACAUCUUCACCAACCUCAUCCUCUUCUUCAUCCUGCUCAGCAGCAUCAGCCUGGCGGCGGAAGACCCGGUCAAGAACGACUCCUUCAGGAACAAGAUGUUGGGCUAUGCAGAUCACGUCUUCACAGGACUCUUCACCAUAGAGAUUAUCCUUAAGAUGACGGCUUACGGAGCGUUCCUCCAUAAAGGUUCAUUCUGUAGAAACUAUUUCAACAUCCUGGACUUAGUGGUGGUCAGCGUGUCUCUCAUCUCCUCUGGAAUACAGUCCAGCGCAAUUAAUGUUGUGAAGAUCCUGAGAGUGCUGAGAGUGCUUAGACCACUGAGGGCCAUCAACCGAGCCAAAGGACUGAAGCAUGUAGUGCAGUGCGUGUUCGUGGCCAUCAGGACCAUCGGCAACAUUGUCAUCGUCACCACGUUGCUCCAGUUCAUGUUCGCCUGUAUCGGAGUGCAACUCUUUAAGGGGAAGUUCUUCUCUUGUUCCGACAACUCUAAACAAACUCAGCUGGAGUGCAGGGGCUCCUACAUCAUGUAUAAGGACGGUGAUGUGGGGAAGCCAGAACGAGCUCAGAGAGUGUGGGAGAACAGUGACUUUAACUUUGACGAUGUCCUGCAAGGCAUGAUGGCUCUGUUUGCUGUGUCUACCUUUGAGGGCUGGCCAGCGUUGCUGUACCGGGCCAUAGACUCUCACACCGAGGACGUCGGACCUAUCUACAACUACCGCGUCGUCAUCUCCAUUUUCUUCAUCAUCUACAUCAUCAUAAUCGCGUUUUUCAUGAUGAACAUCUUCGUCGGUUUCGUCAUCGUCACAUUUCAGGAGCAAGGGGAGCAAGAGUAUAAGAACUGUGAGCUGGACAAGAACCAGCGUCAGUGUGUCGAGUACGCCCUGAAGGCUCGUCCGCUGCGUCGCUACAUCCCCAAGAACCCGUACCAGUACAAGGUGUGGUACGUGGUCAACUCCACCUAUUUUGAGUACCUGAUGUUCACGCUCAUCCUUCUCAACACCAUCUGUCUGGCCAUGCAGCAUCAUGGGCAGACCAAAAGUUUCAAUGAUGCAAUGAACAUCCUCAACAUGCUCUUCACUGGACUGUUCACUGUAGAGAUGAUCCUUAAACUGAUUGCCUUCAAACCCAGGGGGUACUUUAGUGAUCCCUGGAAUGUGUUUGAUUUCCUCAUCGUAAUUGGCAGCAUAAUAGACGUCAUUCUCAGUGAGAUCAACCCAGCUGACUCCUCCUCGUCCUCGUCCUCCUCCUCUUCGUCCUCCUCUUCCUCCUCUUCCUCCUCUCACCCCCCUGUGGUAAGGCCAAUGGUACGCUCCGACGGUAACGUCGCCCGCCUAACUACCUCCUCCUCCACCACCACCAUCCCUCCAUUCCUCCAUCCCUCCAUCUCUCCUUCUGCUAUGCCAUCCACGGGACUGCAGAACUCUGAAGAGAACGCCAGGAUCUCCAUCACCUUCUUCCGGCUGUUCCGCGUGAUGAGGCUGGUGAAGCUGCUGUCUCGCGGGGAAGGGAUUCGGACCCUGCUGUGGACCUUCAUCAAAUCCUUCCAAGCUCUGCCCUACGUAGCUCUGCUUAUAGUGAUGCUGUUCUUCAUAUAUGCUGUCAUCGGCAUGCAGAUGUUUGGUAAGAUAGCGCUGCGGGACAACACGCAGAUCAACAGGAACAACAAUUUCCAGACAUUCCCCCAGGCAGUGCUGCUGCUCUUCAGGUGCGCGACAGGCGAGGCGUGGCAGGAGAUCAUGCUGGCGUGCUCGCCCCACCGGCCGUGCGAGAACGGCUCGACCAACGAGAACAGCACUCCCAGCGAGGACUGCGGCAGCCAGUUCGCCAUCAUCUACUUCGUUAGCUUCUACAUGCUCUGUGCCUUUCUGAUCAUCAACCUGUUUGUGGCUGUAAUCAUGGACAACUUUGACUACCUGACGCGCGAUUGGUCGAUCCUGGGGCCGCAUCAUCUUGAUGAAUUCAAGAGGAUCUGGGCAGAAUAUGACCCAGAAGCAAAGGGGAGAAUAAAGCACCUUGACGUGGUGACUCUGCUCCGGAGGAUCCAGCCUCCCCUCGGCUUCGGAAAGCUCUGUCCGCACAGGGUGGCAUGCAAGCGCCUGGUGUCGAUGAACAUGCCUCUGAACAGCGACGGGACAGUGAUGUUCAACGCCACGCUGUUCGCCCUGGUCAGAACCGCACUCAGGAUCAAGACGGAAGGCAACCUGGAGCAGGCCAACGAGGAACUGAGGGCAAUAGUGAAGAAGAUCUGGAAGCGAACCAGCAUGAAGCUCUUGGAUCAAGUAGUGCCCCCUGCUGGUGAUGAUGAAGUUACAGUCGGGAAGUUCUACGCUACCUUCCUCAUCCAGGAAUAUUUCCGCAAAUUUAAGAAAAGGAAAGAACAAGGGCUGGUGGCGAAGGUGCCGCCAAAAACUGCCCUAUCUCUGCAGGCGGGCCUGCGGACGUUGCAUGACAUCGGUCCAGAGAUUAGGAGGGCCAUCUCUGGGGAUCUGACCGUGGAGGAGGAGCUGGACAAAGGCCUGAAGGAGCCCGUGUCAGCGGCAUCCGAGGACGAUAUCUUCAGGCGCUCCGGCGGGUUGUUCGGAAACCACGUCAACUACUACAACCAGAGCGACGGCCGCGGGUCCUUCCCGCAGUCCUUCACCACCCAGCGUCCUCUGCACAUCAGCCAGAAGGGUUCGCCGUGCGAGGGCGAGAGCCCGUCCCACGAGAAGCUCAUGGACUCGACCACCUUCACCCCUUCCUCGUACUCCUCCUCCGGCUCCAACGCCAACAUCAACAACGCCAACAACACCGGCAUGGCCGGGGUGACGACCCAGGGCAUCAGUCGAUUCCCGAGCCCGUCCAUAAGCACUGUGGAUGGGCACACGGGGCAGCCACUCACCCCCAUCCUCCUGCCGAGGUCUGCAUGGUGCUUUCCUCCAAAAAGGACGUGUUUUUAUGACACCCUCAUGCGCUCGGACUCGAGCGACAGUCGCCUGCCGAUCAUCCGGAGGGGGGAAGGGUCGACGGAGGAGACGUACGAUGAGAGUUAUGGGGACGACAGGGAGUUCCCAGAGGACGACCACUCGCUCUCCUCAGACAUGCUGGUGUAUCACGAUGAAACGUGUAAGCAGCUGACUCCCAUGGAGGAAGCAGAGGAGGUGGAGGACAGAAGAGGAGGAGGAGGGUGGCAGUCUCCCAGGAGAGUCUUCCUCUGCCCCACGUCUCUGGGGAGGAGGUCGUCCUUCCAUCUGGAGUGUCUCCGGAGACAGUCAAGGCCGGACGUCUCCCAGAAGACGGCUGUACCCUUACAUCUCGUACAUCAUCAGGCGUUGGCUGUGGCAGGACUGAGUCCUCUGCUCAGAAGAAGCCAUUCGCCUACCCUCUUCAGUCGGCUGUGCUCCACGCCUCCAGCCAGUCCCACAGGCCAUUGCAGUGAUGCCUCCUACCAGCGAGUUCCCUCUCUGAGGCUAGAGGGCUCCAACUCCCAUGAAAAGCUCAAUACCAGCUUGCCCUCUGUCAACUGUGGGCCGUGGUACAGCGACAGUAAUGGGAACAGCCGGGGGACCAGCCCCACACCUAGCAUGUCAGCGUCCAGUCAGAGAGCACCGCGGCCGGUGUCGCUGACAGUGCCCUCGCUACUGGGAAAAGACUCCAGCUCGCUAUGUCAUGGCAGCGCAGGCAGUUUGGUGGAGGCGGUGCUAAUAUCAGAGGGCUUGGGCCAUUUCGCCCAGGACCCGUCCUUCAUUGAGGCGACCAAAGCCGAGUUGGCCGACGCUUGCGACAUGACCAUCGAGGAGAUGGAGCACGCCGCCAACAACAUUCUCAACGGCAACUCCCCCACGAACGCCACGUCCAGCGCCGCCGCCGCCCCUCAGCACAACCCUAACGGCAACCUCCUCCCCUUCCACACGGCGGCGGCGGCGGCGGCAGCAGCGGCAGCGGCAGCAGUAACGCACAGGGACCGAGCGGUCAGCUCGAGUCCUAGCGAAGGCGGCGGAGAGGCGGGAGGGAGCAGGGGCUCCGUCCACGGGCCGUCCUCUAUAGAGGAGCGGCAGGAGCUGCUAGCCAGGGGGAGGGAACGAGAGGAGGAGGAGGAAGAGGCGGGAGGGAGGGAAGAGGGGCACCACAGAAGCUCGGUUGUGAUCGGAGGAGCGCGACAGAGGAACAGCGGGCUGUUGGAGGACGAGGAUAUGGAGUGCGUGACAAGCUUGUAGGAGUCGGCUCGACGGGUUCAUCGGCCCAACUGGCCUCUCUGACAUCAGACUGACGCUGGUCAGUGCUGGCUAACGGUGUCGCGGCUGGCUCUGUCUGUCCCCAACCUUCACAAACACACACAUACACAGACACACACACACACACUGUCGCUCUGGACAGUGGCGGCCAGUGAUGCAACCUUAAACACCUGGUUUCUAUGAGUUAGUAUGUGUGUGAAUGUUUGUAGUAAAGUAUAAGACACUAUAUGCUCGUGCGUGUGCGUGUCUGCCUGGGCUAUGAUUUUCUCUAUUUGUAUGUACGUGUGUGUGUGUGUGUGUGUGUUCUCCACACGUGUCUGAGUGUGUCUCUAAAGUGCCUCACAGUUUUAUCAUGUCCUCAACGUGUGAAGAGCAGAAUAGUAGAGACAAGCAAAAAAAAAGGAACGAAGGGAAGGCAGACCACAGAGGCGGGAAGCCUCGUCACGGGACGUCCUGCAGACAACAUAGUGUGUCUAAUGUUUUCAUUUUCUAUGCCUACUUUGCUGUUGUGUUACUGUUGUUUGUCUGGCCGCCAUGACGCCAGGUCGGGGACAGCAGACCAGCUGGUGGAGGGGUCAGUUAUGGAUUACAAUCUGACCGCACCCACUCGAGGUCAAAGGUCAACUCCUCCUUCUCGGUUAACUGAUGAUGAAGCGCUGUAUUGAGUAAAACAGGGGCCAGAAAAACCCCUGUUUAAAAUCUCACUUCUCCUCCUCUUCCAAAGCUAAGGAACCUUGGAGCACAGCCCUGCCAGCCUGGGGGUGGGAGUAAGGUGACACACCACCUCCAGAAAACGGGGGGGAAGGAUUUGAGGGACUGCUAUAGGGGGCCACCGACGGAGAGACACUCUGGCCAGGAGGAGGCUAGCCAGCUCUUUUUUUUUUUCUUUUUUUUUUCCCGCUGGUCAGUAAGACGUCAGCGAGAGACGAACUCACCACGUCUGCCACCUUGAUCUGGCUUCGCCUCCUUUUCCUCAUUUGGCCACACCCACUUGCUGCCCCCAAAACAGGAAAUGGGAGGAGCAUUUGGUGGCUAACCAGACACAGCGAGCUCCCUUUUUCUGCCUCAUACCUCGCCUCUCCUCACUCCUUCCUCUAUCCUUCCUCCCUCCUCUUUGGUUAUUUUACCAUCUGGCUCCCUCCGUCACUUUGUUGUUUUUUUUCUUAUUUUUUCCUUCUUUUUUUUUGGCUUUUCCAGCCCUCGGGGAGGUGUGUUUUUUGUCGAACGGGGCCACGGAGAUGGCGGGGCGGAGGCCAGAACCAGAACGGGAGUGACCGAUUGAACAGAAAACAGACUCUGGGCAUGGAUCCGACGCAGGGUCUGCCGUCAAUCAGCCUCACUUCCUUCUCCGAGGCCCUCCUCUUCCUCUCAGCGUGGGAUCCUAUUGGAUUUGCUGCCACACACUCUUUCUACAGACCACGCCCACUAUGUAUUUAACAGUUCAAUAUUGUGCAAAACUGGCUAGCCAUGACUAUUUUUGUUUUCUAUUCAUGCUGUUAUUGGUUUAAUUUAUCCUUGAUUCGUUUGCACAAUCGGGGUGCUGGUCUUAUAAAUGUAUUUUUUGCUCAGUUUAUUUUAGGAGAACUUUAAGAGGUUUUAAGUAUUGAAGCAGGGCGUAGUGUUUGCGUACGAGUGCGUAACUAAAUUUGUGCGUGCGGAUGAGCGUUUUAGUACAGGACGUGUGUGUGUGUGUGGGUGCGUGCGUGUGGGUUUGUAUGUGAGAUAGCGUGUGUAACUAAAAGGGGGGUCUUUCUCUCUAUCAGUAUGCACCUUUUACAGAUUGUAUCUAUUUAUUUAUUUAUUUUUCCCAGAAGAGAAAAAAAUGUGCGAGCGAAUGUGCGUGUGCGUCCGAGUGGUUACUUACGUAUUCUAAAAAGCUGAUUCUAAGCCUAGACAGUAAAUUAAGGUAGCAUUACAAGUAUGGUGUUUGUGUGUAUGUGUGUGUGUGUGUGUGUGUGUGUGUGUAUGAGUGUGACAAUGGGCCUCCUUAACACAGGGUUACCAUGGACAGGCAUGCUUCCAAAGCUUUGCGAUUUCUUUAGCACGGUUUUUACUUUUUAGCCAAGCUGCAGAGUCGGAAGUCGCUCUGCAUUUGAAGAAUUAGUCAUCUUACUUUGCUUUAUUUCCCUGUUUAGAGGUAGUCAGGUGUGCAGCGAGGUCAGAGAGAAGGUCAGAGUUUCGGAGUUGCAGCUCGGCCGUGAGGUAAGGAGCCUUUCUUUGGCGGUUGCUGCUUCUCUGAUUUUCGAGGUGGAGUGGAAUUCGUGAACCCUGACGAUCGCUCGGCUGCGACACACACGUCACAUCAUGUCAUCGUUUAGUACUCCAAAUGAACUCUUAUUAGGGCUGGUGUACAGAUGCUGCAAGACUUCUGAAUCACAUCUCUUUGUCUGAGGCUCAUAUCACAAGCCUAUUGAACUAAUUUCCUGCCUGUGAUAUCAUUUCUAAUUGGAUAUAAAAAAACCGUCCGCUCUGAGGGGAAGUUGCGUCCUGGACGAUAUAUCUAGUAGGCUUUUCUUUUGUGUCUCGGAAAGUAGUUUAGUUCCUUGAUUAUAGUUUCACUUGAGAUAAGGUUCGGCCAUAACCAGGUAUGGUAAUCAAGCCUCAGUACAUCACAUAGGGCACAGGUCUCACUUUGAUACUGUAACUUCUCCAGAAAAAACAAAAAAAAAAACAAAAAAAAACAUUCCUGACAACUUUAUCACUGUUACCAGUCGCUACUUUUAUUAUUAUUAUUAUUAUUAUUAUUAGUAGUAUGUCGCCAGCUUUAUAGUACUUAAAGCAAUUAAACUCUCCAAAAUGUUACAACUACCACUAUAAACAUCGUUCUGAAUUUGGAUAUAUUCUAUAAAUUAUGUCUAAAAAUCUGUUGAGCGCCCCGCGCGUGGACACUCUCGCAUUUCUUUGGUUCACUGUUAAAGACUUACUGUUAACUCCUUCAUGUUUUAGCAGAGCAGGUUUGUGGCAGGGAAGGGUACGCAUGAACACACUGCCAUACACUGCAUCCUGUGCCAGUAACAGACUCCUGUCAUUAUUAUGCAAUCUUAAAUGUGAAUGUUGAAUUAUGUUUCCAGUGGCGUCGUCGUCGUCUCGUGGUUAGGUUCAUACUGCAAACUCCCUAGACGCAUCUUUCCGGGAUCCAUUUAUACAUGAUUAUGAUUCAGUUAUAUUCUAACACUGAACUAGAUCUAUUCUUUAUCAAAUAACAUGAACUGAGAGGGCAGGUUGUGGCUAGCGGUGGCAUCAGUUUCACUAUAAGAAGUUUUUUAGUCAAAGGUCUAAACGUUAAGGUCUAAAGAUUUGGAUAUAUUCAAGGGUGCUAAUAUUUGGGCUAAACUUCAAAUGAUCUGUAUUUAAAAGGCAGUAUGGAGUUUCUAUUGGUUAUUUAGGCUGAUUUCCGUGAUCCACACAAAAAAUGCUAAAUGACAAACGCAACGAGCAGGCGCCUCAGUUGUAGUUUUUUUUAUCCAUAUCUAAGCUGCUACAGUGGAGCCAGUCAGCACGUCUGCUGGCUACCAACCGUUUUAUCUGCCAGUAUACCAACCGCCAUGAAUGUUAGUCUCUCAAAGCAGAUUAGAAGCCGUGUAAUGCAAAACAGCAGUUACCUGGAGCGCUGGGCCAAAUUAAAAUGAAGGUAUUAAAAAAUCCAAUUUACGCAUAACAGAUGUUUUCCAUUUUAAUCUUCCGUGGACUAUACAUAAACUACAAGUCAAAUCCUAUACUUUUAUAAAAAAAAAAACAUACCAAUCCAAUCCAGAAAUCUUAUAAGGUGAGAGAUUCUAAGAUAUGUGGUGCCCCCGUGUGGAUUGGAGCAGCAUUGCAGUCCUUUUUUUUUUGUCUGUUUUUAUAUUUCUGUUAUAUAUAUAUAGGUAAGCAUGGACUAUGGGGUGUUGUGUUGCAGUAUAAAGGUAUGAGUGGGUGUAUUCCUGCAACCCACAAGAUAUGCAAAAACAAUGCAAUAACUAUGACUGUAUACAAGGUUCCCGAAGUAAAUAUAAAAACUUGUGAAAGUGGAAAAAAAAGCUAAAAUAUAUCAGUAUCAUGAAGAUGUAUUAUUUUCUGUUUGUUGGAUUUUUAAGUAAACUCAGCGGUUUCCAUGCCAGAAAAACCUAACAUACUUGAAAAUCAGGUACAUUGCAGUGCAGUAUAGUACAGAUGUAUUUAUUUAUCUUUCUCGUGCCGGGGCGUCGGUCGAACGUAUUGCAGCGGUGGCUUUAAAGUGCAGGAGGUGAAAACCCAGCUGACUUCAUCUCCCCGAUUCAAUACCUUUUGACCACAUCCUGUCUGCUUGUUUAUUUCCGGUUACGGUUCUAUAAAUGGAUUGAGGUCCGUGGGUGUACCAUCAGUAUUGCAUGAGGUUCACACGUUGACAUUUUGAGCGUUCCCGGUUUUUGCCGUCGUUUUGUUUCCGAUCAGGUUGAGUAUCAUAUGACCAGAGUAGCUUUUUUUCUAUUUAGUGUACAUACAGUGAUUAAAGUCGGUUAUUUCUUCUCUAGAUUUCGAAAGGACGGCGGCGGGAUGGCAUUUUGCAUAUCUUGUGUCUUUACGGGCUCUUUAGUUUAUUUUCAGGUUCUUAACCCAGAGAAGGAAGGAGGUGUGAACGUGAAACUUGACGCUGUGUUUAUUCCAGAGUUCAGACUAAAAUAAGAAGUGUUGCCAUAGUCUCUUGUCAGUUUGUCUCUGAUUGAUGACGUGUAGAUGGACCAGUGAGAAUAAUUCCCAUGAGAAGGACCAACUUACCCUUAAUUACUAGACACAUGCAGGGGGUACACAACACACACACACUAUAACUUAUCGUUGUAUUCAAGCGUUACCUAAAGCUGAUUCCAUGCUGAUUAUGAGAAGGUAGAGAUCCUCCAGGUAACCUUUAUCUUGGGUGAACUAAGUUUACUAGUCACAUUAUCCAGAUUGUAGUGUACUGUGUGUGUGUAGCUGUGAUCUCUGCCUCUGUAUACUGUUAUCUGGCUCGUGAGCUGCAGAUGCGUACGCUACCUCCCCGGAUCUCUCCGCACACGGCCCUCUGCCACAAAGCCUGCAGUUUAAAUUAAUCCCUCCAAGUGAAAGCAGAGACCGAGAGAGUAAAGACAAUCCAGUGUUGUAAGGAUGUAGAUCUUUUUUGGGGGGGAGGUGGGAGCGAGGGAGUGGGUGGUGAUUGUAGACUUUUAUUUCCUCAUGUUUGGAUUUCAGGGUGCUCUAAGUUCCGACACGGUGAAUUAUGUAUCCAAGUGAAGUUUUAUGUGCAUGGGAGAUAUAAAGUACUGGUCCUUACGUGAACGAUGAUAUCCUUUGUCUCACCACUAGCCAACGAUUGUAUAUUUUUAUAUACCAUAUAUAGCUAAGAUAUAUAUGAAUAUAUAAUAUUUAACCACCAAAAUGUUAGAGUACGGAGCGGGCAGGACACAUGUUUGGGAAUGUAGUUAGUGAAAUAUUGGAAAUGUGUUGUAUAAGCCUACUGACAGAGGGUCAGUAUGAAUUUAUUGAAUUAAAAGUCCCACUUUAUUCACUGUAUUAUUAACCAAAAGGAACCAGCAGGGAAGUUGUAAUUACUAAAGAAAAGGUCGGAUGAAAUAUACUCCAGUGGGUCUCAUAGCGAGCUUGAGGGGUUUUCCACAUUGUUGAGCUUUUCAGUCGACGCAGAUAAUGAAGAUCCUUUUUUAAGUUUCACUACAGCCAAAAUCUAUUAAUCAACUCAUGCCGUGACUCCGUGAAAUAAGAAGGUCUUUGUUCGAAGGAUGCAGGGAACUUUCCAGACAGACAGGUCCUAAAUCUCUUGUCUUUGCUCGUGUUUGUUCCGUGUUUUGUAAAAGAGGUCUGAAACAUGUCAAUCUACCAGCAACCUGCCAGUGCAGGCCGGCGACUGGUCAUACUCCUACUGUAGCACUGAGGGACGCGUCUCUCUAAAACUAGUCCUGCAUCAGCAAAACACACACACACACACAUAUAUAAAUAUACAUACACUGCAACUAGCAACUAAAGACAGAACCAAAAAAAUCCACAUACCGAGGAUUUCUCUAAGUUUUGAGCCAUUAAAAUCGUGUAGCUUCUACUUUUUUUUUUCUUCUUCCAAGAAAAGUAUUUGGAGGACUUGAACUAAAUGUGUGUGGAAAAGUGAAUUCAUCUGCAUUGUUUGCAGAGUUAAGAAGUAGUAGUUAAGCAUCCGGCCGGCUGCCAAUGUGUUUUUCCUCUUUAUGCAGAAACAGGUUGGAUUUAGUCUGGAAAUAAAUUGUUAUCACAGUGUCUUGUGGUAAAUCUGACCCAACCUUGUCAUAUUCUGCGUUAUAUCUCGACGCUGACGAGCCACAAAGCGCUCCGAAAUAAAAACGUACUCUAACAAAAACACACAAAGAGAGGGAAGGAGCAGAAGCUCGCUCAGAUCUCACCACGCGACAAAACGCGCUUUAUUUUCUCGUGAAGUGUCUCCCGCUCAUCGCUCGAUCGUGACAAAGACUAUUUUAAGAUGACUAUUUUGAAUAUAGAUUGUUUUAUUUUCUAGGGUAAAAUUAGCGGAGCCUGUUGCCGUGUAAUUGAAUCUGAUUAAAACAUCGGUCCUUCUUUUCUGGAGAAACCAGAGGGUUGUCUCUCGUUUUAUUCCGUUGUUGUACAGAUGUUCUUUUGAAGCCGAUGCUGCUGAAAGAAGACAGAAAGUUAAAGAGGGAUUAUAUUAUUAAAUACAAGUUUAUAUCACAUGCAUCUUCUAUUUUAUAUAUUAAAUAAUAGAAACAUUAUAUCUAACUUAUAAGAUAUUUGAAUGGGAGUUUGGAGCAGGAUGCUGCGGUUUGUAGGACGAUUAAAAGAACCAUUUGUUUUAAACCAACUCUACAUAUGCUGGCUUUUUCUAUAGUACGACAAAUAUUUUACCCAUUUUGCCAUCAAGUAGAGGCUCCCAUUAGGUUUAGAAAUAACCACUGGUAAGUUUCCUUUGUGUGUAAAUUUGUCUGUUUGUUGCUUGUGCAAAGGUGUGACUUCACGGAGAAACAUCAGGAUUACAAUUCCGAUCACAGCGGUGCAUUCAUUUAAAAAGGAAAUUUCACUCUGGAUGGAUUAUCUGUGAUUGACGGUACAGGAAGUAGACUGGGAGGACGUUUCUAGUGAGUAAACGCAGAAUAUUCGCAGCAAAAUUGGACGAAAUGACGGCUAUGAAGUUUAUUUAAUCCAGAAUAGUUACAGAAACCAUCUUUUAUGAGAUGGAAAAGCAAAUUAAUUGGGAAAUUUAUUCCAGUGUCUCGAAAUAAUUUGGGAAAAAAACACCCGCGGGAGCACAUAGUAACACUCAAACAGAAGACGUUUUUUCCUCACAGGACCCUCAACCUGCUGCAUGUUCGCCAGUUUGAUUUGUUCCAGAGGUUAGAGGAAGUUAAAAACAACCCGUUUUUUUCCCCCUGGGGGAGCUAAUGAGCCCCCAAACUGAACCCAAUAGAUGAGAUUUGCUUGCCCUGUAGUCCUAGAAAUAACAUAGAGUAGUUCCUCAUUGUGUAGCAGCACCUUCAGCAGCACCUUUUAUGUGAAUACUUAGGACGACUGUUUUGACCUCGAAGGCCUCGCGUGGUUUAUCCCUCAUUCUUUUCUCAUGCGUACGCUUAUUUGAAUUUCGUAGAAAUCCCUGUCUGAGCAUAAAGAAUGCCACGAGGAGAGUUUCCUGUUUGGAACGGUGACGUUCUUUGGCUCGAGAGGUGUGACGUCAGCUUUACGGCGUCACUCAACCGUGGAUGUCUCUGCCCGCGUUUGUUUGUUCAACAUCGCACCACGAAUGCUAAAAAAAAGCCCUCCCUUUGAAUGUAGGACGUCGCGAUGCUCUUCCUUAAUUUGGUUAACAUUUGGACAGAUGUUUAAUGGGAGGCGAUGUGUAUGCUCUGACCACGGGGGACUUUAAAAGGUGUGCUUUUUACUCUUUGUCGACACAUUCGACCUCUGCCGGCGUCGAUUCAGCUUGGCUUGUAAGUUAACUCUUUGGGCCUUCGACAGGACUGAGCUGUUUGUAUGUUUUCUUUUCUUUUUAUUUUUUUGUUCUUUUCCGUCAGAGCGAAGUCGAUUAUCGAUUCAUUUCUGGAGAGAGGUGUUGUUCACCGAGACCAAUUUGUUGUUAAUAUUAGUAGUGACGCUACUGUUAAAUGUAGUAUUUAAUAACAGCACUAUUUAUGGUCAGAAAAAAAAAAUGAACUAGAGUAUGUUCUUGUGCUUGCGGUAGCUGUGGAGGCAGGUGGCCGUUUUGUAACUGAGUUCUUUAACAUAAGCCACUCCCCCCUCGCGAACAUGCGAGGGAUUUCAUUGGUUCUGAGGUUGCUAAGUGACACUGGCCCAACAUCAUUUGUCUCCUCGGUGACGACUGCACGGUCUCACAGUUGACUCACCCCUUUUCUUCUUCUUCUUCUUCUUCUUCUUCUGCUUCUCUUUUUUUCGAAAGAAGAGUUCUUUGAUUUUGUUUUCAUUUUUUCUUUUUUUGUUCACUCAUUUCAUUUUAGAUUUUAGGAAGGGAAAGAAUACAAAUGAAAUAAAUCAGAAUAUUAAUUCAAUCACUUUUUCUACUCCUAUUUUCAAUAAAAAGUGAAAUGAAAAACCCAACAAAAAGUUGAUUUGUAAAUAAGUAAUGUACAGUUUGUAUCUGUAACUUGUCAGUCUGUCAUUGGUGACAGAGUCUGUCUUGCUUAUAACGCACGCUACCAGUAAAUAAAAAAAGGAAAAAGUAUAUUUAGACUGUAUGGUCCCUUGAAAGCAAGUUUUAAAUUAAUAUCUGAUGUAUAUUCCUGUAACAUUGCAUUUUUAUCUGAGGAAUGAUGUUAUUAAAAAAUUGCAAAUAAAUUGCAUUUCCUACA